CGUACAUACACUACAUACUAUGUACACUAGCUUCGUGCCCCACCAGCAAGGCUGCAGCCCGCAUUACGGCAACAACAAAGCGACAAGCUAACUCUGAUCGGCUUUUGGAACCCACGGAUUUCGCAAUAUUCAACGUACCACGGUCAAUAGUUCGAACAUUUGAGGGCACAAGGUCCCAAUCGCACGAGAUGGAGCAAGCCAAAGCUCUUAAUGCGCUCGAGCCCUUCUUAGCUCUCAGCAAGUCCGCCACUUCUCCCCGGGCCGCGGCCGACCUGGUCGUCCGCGCGACGUCGGCGCCCAACACCUACAUCUUCACCGAGCUGCUCCAGACCCCUCAGAUCCAAGCCCUCGCCUUGUCGGAUGAGUUCUCGCCCUAUCUCACCCUUCUCCGAAUAUUUUGCCAUGGCACCUACUCCUCAUACCUCUCCACUCCCGGCCUUCCUGAGCUCAACGACGCCCAGCGCCUUAAGCUUCGCCAACUCUCCCUCUUGACCCUUGCCAAGAAGGACGGUUCCUCCAGCAAUGGCGCUUCUCCAGCACUCGACUACGCUUCCCUCCAAAAGGCGCUCGACCUCCCCAGCCGUCAGGCCCUCGAGGAGCUCGUGAUCAGUGCCAUCUACGCCGGCCUCAUCAAGGCCCAGCUUAACCCCAAGGCCUCUCGCGUGCAGAUCGACAGCGUCUCCCCGCUCCGUGACGUCGCCCCCACAACCAUCAGCAGCCUGCUCUCAAGCUUGAAAGCCUGGGCCGGGCGGUGCGAUGCAACUCUCGAGUCCCUCUCUUGCCAGAUGACCCAGCUCCGGGCCGAAGCCGAUCGCCGCGCGGCACGCGCAGCAGCUCGCGCCCGCGAAGUGGAUGCGCUGGUGGAAAAGGAGAAAACGGCAGUUACCUCGCCCCAGGGGCAACAGGCGCAGCAAUCACAAACCUCGCCGGUAGCGGCAGCGCGACGGGGCACGAAGUGAGAUCGGCGGUGAAACGCGAUAGCGCUCACAUGAACGGCAGCGAUGCGGAUACCGACGUCGGCAUAGACGGGGGGGAACAGCAUGGACGUAGACGAC